CGGAGGGAGCGGUGGAUCCGGCGAGGCGGGGGACGAGCGCCAGGUUUGGGGCGCGCGCUGCCUCGCUCAGGAGACGUGUGCCCGAGCAGCUCCCCCUCGCUCCGCUGCUAAGAGAGGCUUCCGGUCAGCCGAGGCUCGCUCUGUCUCUCCGUGAACUUGAACGGAGGCAGAGGCGAAGGCGGAACAUCCCCAGCCAGGCAUGGGCGUUGGCAGAGCCCAGCGAUGGCAGAGUUGGUGACCCUGGGGCAGGAGCCACAACCAUGGGGCCCAGUGGCCGGAGACGCGUGAUGGUGCUGUUGGGGCCCCUGCUGGAGACAGACCGGGAGGACCGGGAGCCCCAAGGAGCAGAGGCCGGCCCCAGCAUGCGGAGAUGAGGCCUCUGGGUGCCCUGGCCUCCCUCCCACCCGGGCGCUAGGAGCCGUGCCCAGGCCCCAGCCGGGAGCCCCGCCGCCCGGGGGCAUGGCCAGGCCCUUCUUCCGACUGCAGACGCUGCUGCGGCGCACGCAGGUCCUGCUGUUCCUCCUCACAGCCGCCUACCUGAUGACCGGCAGCCUGCUGCUGCUGCAGCGCGCCCGCGUGGCCCUUCCACCAGGGCCCCGAGCACCCGGCCCCCUGCAGGCCUUGCCCGUGGCCGCCGUGGCACUGGGCGUGGGCCUAUUGGACAGCAGGGCACUGCAGGCCCCCCGCGUCAGCUCGGAGCUGCUGCUCGGCGUGGACAUGCUGCGGAGGCCCCCAGCCCGACCCCGGCCCGGCCCCCGCGGGCUCCGGAGCCGGAACUCGGAACUGCGGCAGCUGAGACGCCGCUGGUUCCAACACUUCAUGGGGGACCCCCAAGGGCCACCAGCUCCGGGCCCUGAGGCCCCCAGGCCCGCGGCCAGCAGCCGAGGCACGUACGUCGGCUGCUUCAGCGACGGUGGCCGGGACAGAACCCUGAAGGGCGCUGUGUUUUUCGACUUGAGGAAGAUGACUGUCUCCCACUGCCAGGACGCGUGCGCGGAGCGGUCCUACACGUACGCGGGCCUGGAGGCCGGGGCCGAGUGCUACUGCGGGAACCGGCUCCCGGUGACCAGUGUUGGGCCCGAGGCGUGUAACCACGAGUGCAAAGGGGAGAAAGGCUCCGUGUGCGGGGGCGUGGGCUGGCUGUCCGUCUACCGCGUGGAGGAGCUGCCGCCCGGCUCCAGGAAGCGGAGGACCGUCACGUACCGUGGGUGCUUCCGACUGCCGGAGAACGGCACCCACACCUUCCCGGACUCCCUGGCACAGGCCAACAUGACGGUGGACGCGUGCUCGGGGUUUUGUUCCCAGAAGGAGUUCCCCCUGGCCAUCCUGCGGGGCUGGGAGUGCUACUGUGCUUAUCCCACACCUCAGUUCAACCUCCGGGAUGCCGUGGACAGUGCACUGUGUGGCCAGGAGCCCAAGGCACAGAGGCUGGCCGAGUACUGUGCGGUUUACCAGACGCCCGUACAGGAUACUCGCUGCACAGACCGGCGGUUCCUGCCCACCAAGGCCAAGGUGUUUGUGGCUCUCUCGAGCUUCCCGGGAGCCGGGAACACGUGGGCGCGGCACCUCAUCGAGCAUGCCACCGGCUUCUACACGGGGAGCUACUACUUUGACGGGACCCUGUACAACAAGGGGUUCAAGGGCGAGAAGGACCACUGGCGCAGCCGGCGCACCAUCUGCGUGAAGACCCACGAGAGCGGCCGCAGGGAGAUCGAGAUGUUCGACUCGGCCAUCCUGCUGAUCCGGAACCCGUACCGGUCCCUGGUGGCCGAGUUCAACCGCAAGUGUGCUGGGCACCUGGGCUACGCAGCCGACCGGAACUGGAAGAGCAAAGAGUGGCCAGACUUCGUGCGCAGCUACGCGGCCUGGUGGUCCUCGCACGUGCUGGACUGGCUGCGGUUCGGCAAGCGGCUGCUGGUGGUGCACUACGAGGAGCUGCGGCAUAGCCUGCUGCCCACGCUGCGGGAGAUGGUGGCCUUCCUCAACGUGUCCGUGAGCGAGGAGCGGCUGCUGUGCGUGGAGAACAACAAGGAGGGCAGCUUCCGGCGGCGCGGCCGGCGCCCGCUCGACCCCGAGCCCUUCACCCCCGAGAUGCGGGCGCUGAUCGACGGCUACAUCCGGACGGUGGACAAGGCGCUGCGCGACCACAGCGGGGCCGGGCUGCCCGGCGAGUACGUGCCCAGAUGACGGCCCAGCGGCUCCGCCCGCGCCGCUGGACGCUGCUCCGCGGGCCUGGCUGCCGGAGCCGCCGCAGAACCCCCGCGCUCACAGACCCGCCACACGCACCACUGCACGCUUGCGGGGACCACCUCGGACGUGGCACGCCGGGCCACGUGCGUGCUGGGCCCCCGGUGCGACUCUCCUGCUUCCCGCUGCGGGCUUGCUGGCCAGGGUCCUUGGGGGGGGGGUCAGCGCUGUGGGCAGCGAGUACCGCAGUGUGGGCAUGAGCUCACAGAGGCUGCUGGACCCUGUGACCCUACAUGGCACAUCUGACCCCCUGUGAGCCCCUGUGGUAUGGCCACCAGGCCCCCGGGACCACAGUCCUGCAUCUCCCUUCUCCGCAGACUGGCUGGCAGCUCAGGGUGGAGCCUCCCCCCCAUCCCCACGCUGCACACUGACCUCAGGACUGCCAUAGCUCUUUGCACCCCCACUGCCCCGUCCAACAUUAGCACGCCUGGAGGAGCCCCCUUGCCUGACUUUUUCCUUCCAUGUCCUGGAGGCAGGGUGUGGGGCAAGAGGGCAUGGGUCAGGGAAGGGCUGGCCUCCGGGGGGAGCUUGGGGUGCACAUGGGGAGAUCCGGGAGGGAUGGGUCUUGGUGUCACUUGGACCUGUGGCCCCACCCACUUGGCCAUGUUCCCCAUCCACACAACCGUCGGGGGAGGGGCCAUGGCCAAACCCUCUGACUUCACACACAACCCCAUCCCCCGCCGCUGGGUCCCUGGGCCUCCUCGCCACACCCUCUGUCUUUGUGGGAGCCUGCCAUCUUUCCCACUCAUUCACCCUGGAGGGAGGGUCCUCAGGAGCGCAGCGGGCUGCUGUGUGCUAGCUGGCCGGGGGCUGGGGGGAGAGGUAGGAAAGUCGCCCACCCCAGCUCACAGCCUCGGGACAGAAGAGGGUGGUCACGGAGGGGAAGAAACCCAGUAGCAGAGGACUGUGCAUGCUAUGCAGGCUCAGGGUCACCGUGCAGGCUGGUCUGGAGGCAUCUGUAGGAAUUACCCCAGCAGACCCGAGGGAAGGACCUUGAGGCAGAGAAAACAGUGUGUGCAAAGGCUCGGGGGCUUGGAGAACAGGGGGAUGGGCUGUGGGGCGUGUGUGUCUGAGUUUCCGCAGCUGGGGGCGGAGUGGGUGGGUGAGGACAGAGGUGGGGACACAGAGCGGGACCAUCCUCAGCCACCUGGUGCUCAGCCUGGAGGGACAGAGCUCCCUUCAGGGGUACCUCGGGUUCAGAAUGAGGCCGCGCUACCAGGUCUCCAGUGUGUUGGGGGGCUUGUACCCCUGCCAGGUGGACGAUGGUGGAUGGGCCCCUCGACAGCUUUUCCAGGCUUGGGGUGUUGGUGGCAGGGCCCCUUGCUCUGCCCUCCUGCAGCCUGAGCCAAGCUGCUGCAGGGGAAGAAAACGGGGUGAGAGAUUUGGGGAAACCAGCAUUGGAAUGUCCCGACCCUGCACUCCCCCCGUUCCUGGGAUGCCGAGAGCCACCAUAUGAGAGCAGGUGGGGUGGAGGGCCCGGUGGGCUGCCCUUCCUCGGAGGGAGGCCUCCACGCCCGUCCGUGAGGAACCCACUGUGGUGCUGAGCCUGUCCUGGGCCGUCCCCCAGCCGCGCUCCGCUUAAUGCUGGCAACGCUUAUUGGCACGGCCCUAUCUCCGCGGUUCACUCUGGGAAGGCCCCUGACGAAACUGUUUCUCUGGAGUCGUAGGAAGAGGUGAGGCCUGCCAGGGGGCCCCACCUGCCGUGGAAGAUGGCCCAAGGGUCCCUGCACACCCCCCCCCCCCCAAGCAAGCCUAGAGUCUCGACAGAAUGGAGAGCCGGAUGCUGGCUUCCUCCUGAGCCUGGCUCCUAGCUCUGGCCCUCACUCUUCGCGGACUUCGGGGAGAAGACCCAGACGCUGGGGAGGCUGGGAAGGGCAGAGGUAUGGCUGGAGGGCCCGGCCCACUGACCCUUGGGCCUUCCUUCCUCCUGCCCAACCCAGAAUCAGGACAGCAUCAGCCAGACCCCUGGUACCUGGUCCACUUCCUGCUGCAGGUGUGCAGAGAACCUCCCUUCCUUCCCGGGGGAGAGCCGGUUGCUCUGAUGGCCUUAUGGUUUACAAGGCACCUCAGCCAGACCUGCAGAUGAGUAGAAAGAUGGGGUCAGUGUACAUCCAGGUCACGCUGAGUCGGUCCACAUGGUCGGGCACCCUACAAGGGGCUGGUGCUCCUGGGUAUCUGAUGAGCAAAGACAUGCAAAAGCCCUGUGGCUGGUUCUUCCUGUGGGAGAGCCUGGAGGCACGGGAAGAGCUCUGGCUGUCUGUUUGUGCAAGUGAGGCCUCCUGGAGCUCUCAGCUUCUCCAUCAAGCAGCCAGGGUGCAAAAGCCAGUGUGAAUCUGGGGGAGAGUUGUGACAAAUCCCCACUGUUGCAGAUUCCAGGUUUAAUGGCGGGCCGAAGUUACACAGACCUGCGUUAAGACAUGUAAUUUCCAUGGUUUUCAUCUCCCGUUGUGGAUCAAUUUGGAAACACCAAAAUACAUAAUUUUAAAAAACGAAAACACAUUUCUGAUAAUCCCAGUGAUGUGUAAAUGAAACAGAAGAAUAGACAGGCUUCCAGACCCCGGGAAGAAAGCUGCUUAAUUAUGUGAGCAUCUUGUAACAAGUCUCUUGCAGCUAAAAUUAGAUCCCGAGUGCAUGAAUGUGUGAUAAUGUUUGCACACCAGAAUUCAUUUUCCCCUUAAAACAUGGCAGGAGCUCCUUGGUUCCUGGGGGGCCCUCAGUGGGGAGAUGGGAGUGCUGCGGGGGUCUUCAUGGCUGCAGGAAUGCUUGGGGCAGAGGUGUGUCUCCUGUGGCCGGAAGCUCGCUGGGGUUGUGCAGUGUGGCUUGUGGGGGUCUAGUGGGAAACUGAUGGGACUGGGCACCCCCUGCUUGCUGCUCCCACCAGGACCAGUUGGCCUGAAUGAGGUCGAAAUGGAGUGGAAGCCAGAGCUUGAGCCGGGCAGGGCCGUGCCCCCAUUUCCCGCCCCCGUAUCCCUCUCUAGCAGCCCUUGUUUCUGGGGUGGGGCUAUUUAAGGUCACUGUCAUCUCCUGGGUGGGGCCCCAGCUGGGCAAAGCCAGCGGCUCCUUCCAUCUCUCUGGCUACAGUGGUUUUGGGGAUGGUCGCAUGAGCUAUGGUGGUGUGGCCAUGGGGGGCAUCUCAGGACAUUGGGAAGCACGUGCGCUGCUGGUGGGAGGGGAGACAGCAGCCCUGGGCCUGCGGAGGGGCCCACCCUCAGGUGUCACCGGUUAUACCGCGGGACCGUCAGGGGGCACAGGAGCCAGGAACUCGCAUCGUUAUGUACACUCAAGAUUGACUGCAAUCGCCCUGCUCUGGGCGGGUUUGUUACACGAGCCAAUAAACCCUCUUCUCGUUCA